GUGCCGAGGGCGGCUGUCGAGCGCGUCGAGGCGCACCUCGCCGGGCUGCGGUUCGACCCGCUCCUGAGCAGCCUCCUCGCCAAGCUCGGGGGCGACAAGAGCGUGGGGCGGAUCAAGAGCGACGUGAGGACGCUCAGUGGGGAGGACCAGAGCCAGCUCGACGAGGACGAACGGUGGGUCUCGCGGCACUCGAUGAGCGAGGGCGCCUACAAGGCCGCCAACUGGGUCACGUCUAAGAUGUCUUCGUACGGCUUCACGUGCAAGCAGCUGUCGUACCUCCCGAACUUGUCGCCCAUGGUCGAGUGCGUCUACAACGAGUCGGCGCUCGGCGGCGACGAGGACGACAACCUGAGCGGCAAGGCCAAGGACGUCGUGUACGGCGCCAACGAGACGGUCGUCCUGAGCGCGCACUAUGACAGCCGAGGCUCUUUCGGCUACCCGACGGCGCCGGGCGCAGACGACGACGCGUCCGGCACGACGCUCGUGCUCGCCGUCGCGCGCCACAUCUACGAGCACCGCCUUCGCUUCGGCCGCAAGCUCGUCCUGUGCCUCUUCUCGGGCGAGGAGCAAGGCCUCCUGUCGUCGUCGUGGUACGCCAAGCAGCUCCGAGCGCGCGACGAGGACGUCGCCUUCAUGCUCCAGGUCGACAUGGUCGGCUUCCGCAAACCGGGCGAGCCGAUGCAGCUCGCGCGCCCGGACGUUAUCGGCCUCGAGGUCGCGGGCCACCUCGUCGGCAACUACAGCGAGCUGUACGUCCCGGAGCUCGUCGUCGGGUACACGCCCGCAUGCUGCUCGGACCACCAGUCGUUCGUGACCGAGGCCUACCCGGCGACCUGGAUCUUUGAGCGCAACGGCGCCAUCGCCGACCCGUGCUACCACGACUCGUGCGACCGGUCGGACCGGCCGGGCUACGACUUUGAGCAGAUCGCGGCGCACACAAAGGUCGCGUUCGCGACCGUGUGGGAGACGGCCGGUGGAGCGCUGCCGUGAGAGGGGAGCGUCCUCUCUCUGGUUCUAGCUCUUUCCGCGCGCAAUGAAGCCGUACAUACUCUCG